AUGGAUUCCGUGCGUCCAGAUGGCCGCUCUUCCGAAGCGUUCCGACCUCUCCGUGUGGCGCUCGGCGUACUCGAACGCGCUGACGGUUCGAGCUUGCUCUCUCUGGGCGAGACUCGAGUGCUCGUGAGCGUUUACGGCCCACUGCAAAGCGAGCUAUCGACUAGAUCGGGCGGUGUCGCAGUGCAAACCCCCCGCGAUGGCACUUGUCAGGUCACUUGGCUUGAACCGGAACCUACGCUCAGCGACAUACUGACCACAACACGUGAAGCGCACCGAGGCGGCGUCCAGGGCGCACCGUACCCUGUCCUGCCUCUGUCUGCAGAGCAGGCUGCAGUGCGAUCUCGAGCGACGGGCUUACGAAGACAUCCUGCCACGGAGACGCUGCUGGAGCGGCUCUUUUCGUCCGUGAUCAUCCUAAUGGAGUACGCGUCCAGUUGUAUCCAUGUCAUCGUUCAGGUGUUGCACCAUGACGGUGGAACGUUGGCCGCGGCUGUCAUUGCUGCGAGUUUGGCGCUCAUGGAUGCGGGCGUAUCGCUGCGAGGCUUCCUGGUUGCGGUGCCCAUCCUGGCACGAAGCAUCGAUCACGAGCAGGCAGACGUAAGCUGGCUGGUAGACCCGACGCUGGCGGAGCUGCGUCAGCAAAGUUUGGGUUCCAGUCUAUGGGUUGUGGAUCAAACCGGAAACAUAUGCUAUUGCCGGCUCGAGGCCCCGUUUGCCCUGGAAACUAGCGCACCAGCAUCACUGUCGGAUAUUAACGCCAGCAUGCACUUGGAGUGGCACCAAGACGCAUACCGGAUCGCCGCUGGUGCAGCAGAGAAACUAUGCAGCUGGCUUCGCUCGGUCAUGGAGUCGCAGAUCAAGGACGCGUUGCCGGAGAUCCAGUAG